UACUCAAGAUGGGUUGGGCAGAAAUGCUCCUGUACAUAGCAUACAUGGUUCUUUACUUGCAGUUGGGGAGCUCUUGAGGAAUACUGGUGAGCUCAUGAUGUCAUGGUAUAGAGAAGUUGCUGAAAUUGUACUCUGGUACUUAGAGCACCGGGAUCAGCUUGUUCGCCUUAGUAUAACUUCCCUGCUACCUCGCAUUGCUCAUUUCUUGUGCAACCAAUUUGUUACAAACUAUUUAAAGAUAUGCAUGAAUCACAUUCUUACAGUUCUACGAGUUCCAGCUGAACAUGACAUUGGAUUCAUUGCUCUUGGGGAGAUGGCUGGUGCUUUGGGAGGGGAACUCAUCCACUAUUUGCCAACAAUUACAUCUCACUUACGUGAAGCAAUUGCUCCAUGUAGAGGCAACCCCUGCUUGAGGCUUUGGCUUGUGUUGGAAAUAUUACAAAAGCAAUGGGUCUUGUAAUGGAAGUUCCUCUUGUGGAUGGUCUCUUGGAUGCUGAGGCAUACUGCUGCGGAUGGAAUGUCAAGACUUGCUGGCUUUGUUGUUGCCUUCCAGUUUGUUGUGUGAAAUGUUGCUACUAUUGUUCUUGUUCUGUUGCUGAAGAAUCAGAGCCAAAAAAGAAAUGCUGCACGUGCAAGAAAUCCAAGAAGCCAGUGAAGAAAGAGAAGGUUGACGAUGAGAUAUCGCAAAGAGGAAUUGGAGAAGACAUUCAAUCAAAUGGAUCAAAAGGAGAACAGGCUGGGGAAGGUGGAGAAGAAAUCUGAGGCAAAGAGAGAAGAGUGCUCAAUAACUCGUAAAAUGAAUUGUGGGAAAUGCAAAUAAUGAGAAAUGCAAGAAGGUCCAUCAAUUACUCAUCAGUUUCAAGUGCAAUUUGUUAUUCUGUUUGUAUUAAUUAUCACUUAAUCGGAAGCUUAAUUUGAUUCACU